CUGUGAUGGGGAACGCUGAGAGUAUGGAGAGCCAGUUGGCCGUGAUCAGGUCCAGAGCCGCACCGGUCCGACUCCCGAUGCCUGACGCCGCCGAGCUAGAGGAAAGGUUCUCCAUUGCACUGAAUUCAAUGAACCUUCCUCCUGACAAGGUGCGUUUGUUGCGUUCCUAUGACAAUGAGAAGAAGUGGGAGCUCAUCUGUGAUCAGGAGAGAUUCCAGGUGAAAAACCCUCCGCACACAUACAUCCAGAAGCUGCGGGGAUUCCUCGACCCGGCUGUCACACGCAAGAAGUUCCGGAGGAGAGUCCAGGAGUCGACUCAGACACUGCGAGAACUUGAGAUUUCUCUUCGCACAAACCACAUCGGGUGGGUUCGAGAGUUUCUGAACGAGGAGAACCGAGGGCUGGAUGUCCUGGUUGAGUAUUUGUCCUUCGCUCAAUAUGCUGUCACGUUUGAUGGUGAGCAGUCAGAGUCUGGAGGAGACGCAGCUUCAAUUGACUCUCCGUGGAGUCGGUCCAUAGAGGAUCUCCAUGGCGACUGCAGUCUCCCAUCCCCUUCCACCUCUGCAACCAGAGCAGCACGACACUCCAUCAGUAGUUCCACUUUGGUAACUCGCUCCAACACGCUGCCCAGUAGUCGCACUCUAAAAAAUUCCCGACUCGUCUGCAAGAAAGACGACGUCCAUGUGUGCAUCAUGUGUCUACGAGCCAUCAUGAACUACCAGUAUGGUUUCAACAUGGUCAUGUCUCAUCCGCACGGGGUCAAUGAAAUUGCUCUGAGCCUCAACAACAGGAAUGCAAGGACGAAAGCUCUGGUGUUGGAGUUGUUGGCUGCUGUGUGUUUGGUCAGAGGAGGACAUGAGAUCAUCUUGUCGGCCUUUGACAACUUUAAAACUGUGUGCUCAGAGUCCAUACGCUUUGAAAAGUUGAUGGAACAUUUCAAGAAUGAAGAUGACAAUAUCGACUUCUUGGUUGCGUGCAUGCAGUUCAUUAACAUUGUGGUCCACUCAGUGGAAGACAUGAACUUCCGAGUCCAUCUGCAGUAUGACUUCACCAAACUCAACCUAGAUGACCACCUAGAGAGGUUGAAGCACACGGAGAGUGACAGACUACAAGUGCAAAUCCAGGCAUACCUGGACAAUGUUUUUGAUGUCGGGACACUGCUGGAAGAUGCAGAGACUAAAACCGCAGCUCUGGAAAGAGUGGAAGAGCUGGAGGAGAACCUAAGCACUAUGUCGGAGCGUCUGCUUGAUGUGGAAAAUGAAGCAAUGCUGAAGAUCGUGGAAUUGGAGAAACAGCUGAUGCAAACAAACAAAGAGCUGGACCAGCUCCGGGACGUGUAUGCCAGUGCCAACACACAGGUGCACACAUUGAGGCGGAUUGUUCGGGAGAAGGACCAGACCAUUCGCCGUCAGAGUCGUUUAGAGCGACAGGCCCAAGAGGCACAACAGGCAGGUGGUCCUGGAGCUCCUCAACCCCAAAGAGGAGAAGGUGAUGGGGGUGUUGCCAAUUCUGCCUCACCCUCACCUCCUCCCUGCGCCACUCUCUCCCCCAGCCCAGAGACAGUAGCCUAUCAUGACAUGGGACCAGGAAUGGGUGGCGCACCGGACAUGCCAGCCCCACCCCCUCCACCUCCUCCACCACCACCAAUGCCAGGCUCAGUGUCCAAUGGGUUGUACCCUGCUCCUCCACCGCCUGCUCCUCCUCCUCCUCCCCCGCCCCCUCCCCCUCCUUGUCGGACCAGCGAGCUCUCUUCUACCCUCCCGAUGCCUCCACCUCCUCCGCCAGUGGCCCCGCCACUUCCGGGUUCAGGAGGGUCACCCACCGUCAUCUUCAACUCGGGGCUAGCAGAGGGACCACUCAAGUUAUUCUCGGUUAAGAUAAAGAAGCCAAUCCAGACCAAGUUUCGGAUGCCAGUCUUGAAUUGGGUUGCUCUGAAGCCAAGUCAAAUCAACGGUACAGUCUUUAAUGACAUUGAUGACGAAGCCAUCCUGCAGGAUCUGGAUGUGGAGGGCUUUGAGGAACUUUUUAAAACAAAGGCCCAGGGUCCAGCGAUGGACUUAACUCUGUCCAGACAGAAGCUUCCACAGAAAGCUCCUUCUAGAGUUUCUUUGCUGGACGCCAACAGAGCCAAGAAUCUGGCGAUCACACUGAGAAAGGCCGGUCAGGGUCCAGAGGUCAUCUGCCGUGCCAUCCACAUGUUUGACCUGCGGACGAUUCGAGUGGACUUUGUGGAGUGUCUGAUGCGUUUCCUGCCAACUGAAGCUGAGAUAAAGCUUCUCCGGCAGUAUGAGAGAGACCGAAAACCUUUGGAGGCGCUGAGUGACGAAGAUAGCUUCAUGAUCCAGUUCAGUCGCAUUGAAAGACUCAACCAGCGCAUGUCCAUCAUGACCUUCAUGGGAAACUACAGCGACAAUGUACAACUCUUAACACCGCAACUCCAUGCCAUGAUUGCAGCAUCUGUUUCGAUAAAAUCAUCUCAAAAACUGAAGAAGAUACUCGAGAUCAUCUUAGCUCUUGGGAACUACAUGAACAGCAGUAAGAGAGGUGCUGUGUAUGGCUUCAAACUACAGAGCUUAGACCUGCUCCUGGAGACCAAGUCGACUGACAGAACACAGACGUUGCUACACUACAUCAGCAACGUUGUCAGAGAGAAAUAUCCCACAGCGGCGCUCUUCUACAACGAGCUUCACUACGUAGACAAGGCAGCCGCAGUGAGUCUGGAAAAUGUGUUGUGCGACGUAAAGGAGCUGCAGCGAGGGAUGGAACUCACCUGGCGUGAGUUCAGCGUUCAGCACAACGCCACCUUGAAAGAUUUCAUCAGCAGGCACGAAUCACGACUCAGCAAGCUUCAGGAGGAUGCACGCAUUGCCCAGGAUGCUUUCGAAGAUGUGGUGAAAUUUUUUGGGGAGAGCUCCAAGACCAUGCCGCCAUCCGUCUUCUUCCCCAUCCUUGUUCGUUUCAUCAAAGCUUACAGGCUGGCCGAGGAGGAGAAUGAACAGCGACGGCGUCAGGAGCAGAUGAUGUUGGAGAAACUGGAACAGGAGGAGCAGCAGGACGUAGAGACCAAGUCGCCGUCUCACAAGGGCAAACGCCAGCAGCAGGAGCUCCUGACAGAGCUGAGACGACGACAAGGAAAGGACAGCCGCCACGUUUACGAGGGGAAGGAUGGCGCCAUCGAAGACAUCAUCACAGCUCUGAAAACCGGCCCCUUCACAGCACGGUCGGCCAAACGUAGCUCUCGAUUCUUCUGCGACCCUGCCCACCCCGAAGAACACUACUGAAAUGGCAGAGAUGAUGCUCGUCAUUGCCUUGCCCGCCCUGAAUUAAUGGAAACAAUAAGCACUUUGAACAUUUCGACUCGAGGAAAACAAUAACUUCAUGUGCGCCCUGGUCUCGUAAGGGUUUGUGAACGCUGGAUUUCCUGAACCAAGUCCUUGUACAAAUUGCAUUGUGGAGAAUUUAUCCACUCAUGUACGCUGCUCAAUCAACGGAGUACCCGAUUCUUUUGUCUUUGACAGUUGUGUCCAGAUGUUCACCAACUGAACUUUGUUUUUGUUUUUUGUUUGAUGAUGAGUGCAGCAGAGCUGGGAGAGGAAAAAAAAAAAAAAAAAAAGCAGCACAAAGCACAUGCACAUGCUGAUGUCUUGCCGUCCCCAGCUGAGUCCUACCAAAUUCUGGAUAAGAAUAUGUGAGUGUAGUAGUGAAAGCUUUCCUGAGUCUUGCGAGUGAGUCAGAGUUUUGGUCGGACUCGGGAGGCUUGUUAAGUGAAAUGCGUACAGGGUUCUACUACUAGUUUGUACUGUAUUUAAACUAUUACCAACCAAAUGUGACUUCAGGUUUCAUUAAAUGAAACAUUGUAAAAUCCAGCAAUCAAAGCCCCUUAAAAAAAACAAUUCAUCUGUGACUUACUGUUACUCAUGAGCAACCUUUCUUUCAUUCACCUGAAGUCUUACUAGCUGGCUACUCUGCUAGCUUGCACAUAUGAGGGGUGUCAGAAAAGUUCCAUGACAAGGUGUCACAAAAGAUAUACUUCAAACACAAACUAUGAGAUUCUCCCUUCGAUGUAGGCCAGACUAUCAACCAGCAAGUCUACGAAGAGAUUCUGCAGCGUUUGCGUUGUUCCUUGGCGAGAAGAGGUGGGAAUUGUGGCAGGAACUUUUCUGACUCACCUCGCACGUAACAUCGAAAACAAGUUCUUCGUUUCUGUCUGACAUCACUUGCUCACCGUGGAAGCUCCCCUGCAGCCUUGAACAACCCCGAGUCAGACAACCCGUUUCCCACCUGCUUGUUUCUUAACCAUCAGAGACUCCAAUGUUGCCCUGAAUCGUCUUUUCAGUCACACAAAAGAGCACAACGUUUUCUACAUUUUGUAGGUUCUCUGGUUUUGUUGUUACUGUUGUUGAGUCUAUAUUUGGUGUAAAUAAAUAAAACACAUUGU